CUUUCCCUUGCUACGGGCGGACGCCAGCGGCACGCAGCGCGCUGGCUCCGCCGGCGGCCCGGCCCCGUCCUCCGGGGCCGCUUUCGGUUUCCAUUCUCCCUCUGGCCUGAAGUUUCUUUUCCCCGUCCUCUCCCAGCCCAGGGAAGGGAGGGAUCCUCUCGCUCCCCGCCUGCUCUCCAGGUGCCAGGGCAGGGUGCUACGGGACCGGGACCGGGAUCGGGAUCGCGAGUGGGACCGGUGCCGCCGGCGACGGCGGUGCGGAGCCGGCCUCGCCAUGACCGCGGAGGAGAAGAGGAGCCUGCAGUGCUACCGGCGGUACAUCGAGAGGAGCCUGAACCCCGUCUACAUCCUGAGCAACAUGACGGCGUGGCUGUCCGACGAGGUGAAGGAGAGAGUGCGGAAGGAAGAGGAGAAGGGGGUGACGGCGGCCGCCGCGCUGUUUCUGGAUGCCAUCCUGCAGCUGGAAGUGGAGGGAUGGCUCCGGGGCUUCAUCGACGCCCUGGUCGCAGCAGGUUACACCGGACUGGCAGAAGCAAUUGAAAACUGGGACUUCAGCAAACUGGAAAAGUUGGAGCUGCACAGACAGCUGUUGAAGCGGAUAGAAGCAACGAUGCUCGAAAUUGAUCCGGUAGCACUCAUGCCUUACAUAAACACGUGCCUGAUAGAAAGGGAGUGUGAUGAGAUCUUGCAGAUUAGCGAAUACAGAAGCAAAACAGCUGGGAUAACUAAACUCAUUGAAUGUCUCUGUCGAUCGGAUAAGGAAAACUGGCCGAAAAGCCUUCAACUGGCACUAGAUAACACAGGAUAUUACAAUGCAAGUGAACUAUGGGAUAUGAGAGAAGAUAACGGCAAAGAUGUUGACGGUGAAAUCACAGAUGCCUCUGAAAACACCUUUGAAACCACUAUGACAUUCUUUGAAAAAGCAGAAUGUGAUAAUAAUCUCAGUGAAAAUCUCUGUUCAGCUUUAGAAGGGGUUGAUCAGCCUUCGCCUGUUUAUGAACCAAAGAAGGCUCGGAGCUAUCAGAUUGAACUCGCGCAGCCUGCUAUCAAUGGGAAAAACACAGUGAUAUGUGCCCCCACGGGAUCUGGAAAAACUUUUGUGGCAGUUAUGAUUUGUGAACACCAUUUCCAAAAUAUGCCUGCAGGACGAAAGGCGAAAGUUGUCUUUCUUGCAACUAAAGUGCCAGUGUAUGAACAACAGAAAAAUGUAUUCAAACAGCAUUUUGAAAGAAGUGGAUAUUCUGUUCAAGGAAUUAGUGGUGAAACAGUUGCAAAUGUCUCUGUAGAAAAGAUUAUACAGGACAGUGACAUCAUUGUGCUGACGCCCCAGAUUCUUGUGAAUAGCAUUGAGGAAGGGAUCCUUAGCUCCCUCUCCAUCUUCACUCUGAUGAUAUUUGAUGAGUGCCACAACACUACAGGCAACCACCCUUACAAUGUGUUAAUGACCAGAUACCUGGAACAAAAAUUUGACUCCUCUGCAAAGCAGCUGCCUCAGAUUGUAGGUUUAACUGCUUCUGUUGGAGUUGGUAAUGCCAAGACCGUCAAGGAAACGAUCGAGCACAUCUGUACCCUCUGCUCCUACCUUGACAUACAGGCCAUAUCCACUGUCAGAGAGAACAAACAGGAUCUGCAGAGAUUCAGAAACACUCCAGAAACACAUGUCAGAUGGGUUAAAAUGCGAGUUCAGAAUCACUUUGCAGACGUUAUCUCAGGUCUGAUGUCUGAGACAGAAAUGUUGAUGAGGAAGAUUUACUCCAUAGAUACUGUCUCCCAAAUCAACAAGAAUGAUUUUGGAACACAGAAAUAUGAACACUGGAUAGUUGCAACUCAGAAGAAAUGCAAACUGUUGCAACUGGCAGACAAGGAGAAGGAGAGCAGCAUUUGUAGAGACCUUUUCAUUUGCACUGAACACCUGCGGAAAUUCAAUGAUGCUCUCAUCAUCAGUGAAGAUGCCCGCAUCGAAGACGCUUUAGCCUACCUCACUGAAUUUUUCACAAAUGUCAAAAACGGACCCUAUACAGAGUUAGAGAAGCAACUGACAGCCAAAUUUCAAGAGAAAGAACCAGAACUGACUGCCCUUUCAAAAGAUGAAUCAAAUGAGAAUCCCAAGCUGGAAGAGCUUGCUUGCAUCCUGGAUGAAGCAUACCGCUACAACCCACAGACUCGCACUCUUCUCUUUGCUAAGACAAGAGCCUUAGUAGCUGCUUUGAAGAAGUGGGUAGAAGCAAACCCUCUACUUAGCUACAUAAAACCAGAUGUGUUGAUGGGUCGUGGAAGAAGAGAUCAAAAAACAAGUAUGACCCUCCCAAUGCAGAAGGGGAUACUGGAUGCCUUCAAAACCAACAAAGACAGCAGACUGCUAAUUGCUACGUCAGUUGCUGACGAAGGCAUUGAUAUUUCUGAAUGCAACCUUGUUGUGCUCUAUGAAUACUUCGGUAAUGUCACCAAAAUGAUCCAAGUCAGAGGUCGUGGAAGGGCAAGAGACAGCAAGUGCAUCCUUGUGACAAGCAAAACAGAAGUGGUUGAGAAUGAGAAACACAACCGUUAUAAGGAAGAAAUGAUGAAUGAAGCUAUUGAGAAGCUACAGAAUUGGGAUGAAACAACAUUUGCAAGAGAGAUACAUGACCUGCAAAUGAAGGAAAAGGUAUUACGAGAUUCCAGGAAGAAAGAAACAAGACCUAAGGUAAUGGAAGGGAAAAAAAAUCUUCUGUGUGGAAAAUGCAAAGCGUAUGCCUGCAGUACAGAUGACAUCAGAAUUAUAAAGGAAUCGCAUCACACUGUCCUAGGAGAGGCAUUCAAGGAGCGCUACAUAACAAAGCCUCACCAUAAAGCAAUCCAGUUUGAUUGUUUUGAGAAAAAAAGCAAGAUGCAUUGCCAAAAUACUAGUUGCCAGCAUGACUGGGGAAUCACUGUGAAGUACAAGACAUUUGAUAAUCUACCAGUGAUCAAAAUUAAAAGCUUUGUAGUAGAGGAUGCUGAAACUGGGACACCAAUGGAUUUUCAGAAAUGGAAAAAUAUUAAUUUUUCUUUGAAGAAUUUUGAUGAAGAAAUGUCCAGCUGAACUCGGCAUCCUACUCCACUAAGCUGAAACAGUGGAUGAUCUAUUUCCAUGUAGAAAAAAAAUCUUGUUCUAGGCCCCUCAUCAGCAUCUAGUUAGAUUAAAAAAGGCUAAUAUGUCCACUAAAAAAAAUUUGCUAUCUAUCUGAUUAAAUAUUUCACUAGAAGUUUUAAUAUAAGCAUGGACAAACAAGUGCCUAAGCAUCUAGACCUUAAUCCUUGCUGUUAUGAAGUUGGUCUGAAAAAACAAAAUCAAGUUGAAUGACUAAAUAAACGUCUAGUUUUAGGUGACAAGCCACAACUUCAAGCAUUUCUGUGUGAAUCAGAAUCUUCUUUGUUACUGGUAACUUCUGGUUGGAUUGUACCUCCAUGCAGACAACAUCGCUUAUGCACAGUGACACUUUAAGCACUACUUUAGCUACUUUUAAAGCUUUUUACAAAUUACUUUUAAUGCUCUAGGGAAUUUGGUAUAUAGAAAAUUAAGACAUCUUUCCAGUAACUUUUCUGCAAGAAAGAUACUGCAUCUUUUAAAUUCAUCUUUAAUAGUGAAUGCUUCUGCCAGAGUCUGAGAAAAGCAGUAGGGCUUCAUAGAGCCCUCCUGGGGGAGGCAUCUUCUGGAUUGAAAUGGUAGCACUGUUUUCUGCUGUCACUGCAUGUUCAUCAGGUUGCUGUUGCUGAAGUUGCAGAAUGGACAUGUUUCUAUGUGUCGCUUAACUGAACAAGCCCCAAGGGAACAAGGCAGCGCCCUGUAAAGUGGAUGAAGGCUUAAUUUAGAUGGUGAUUAGCAUUUACCCUGAUGUCCUGUCUCAUGAAUUGUCACCUGAAAGCUCUCGGGACACUUAUAUUAAUUCUGCAGAUUUCAUGUCAGAGCUGAUCUAGAAUUGGAACAAAGUCCAGGCAUUAGUGUGUUUAAAUCCCUCCUCCCCACCCAGAUCCCAGACUUCUCUCAGAAAAACAGAAAUUGCUACACACACAGUUAUGAAACAUUGUUAAUGAUUCUACAUAUCUGCAACCAGCUUAAUCUUAAAAUGUGUUUUCCAUUCACUUUAUAUACUUGAUAGUGCACUGAGGCAAAUAUGUAGAAAAAUUGUAUGUCUGAAACACCUGAACUCUGAAGAAAACAAACCACCUUGAACAGGAACCUAACGCAGAUCACAAAAAUGAUUUCAACUACAUAAACCCUAGUCAGGGAGAUUUGUGGUGUUCUUUUAAACAGUGUUAUGUGGCAUUAAAAGCAAAACAACUUUUUAAGCACUGCUUCACGUUCCACCCCAGUCCAUGUCCUUUACUGUGAAAGCCUCAACCUUAGUCCUACAGUAACGUACUCUGUGCUUAGUUUUUACCUAGUAACUUUGCUGUUCUUUCUUAUAGCUGCUUCCAAAAAGGAAACACAGAACAGUGGAUAAAGAUGAUUUAUGGUUGGAUAAUGCCUCCCCUCCAAAAAUACUAGGUCUUCUCUUGGCUUGAUGAUCAUGGAAGAUGCUCCAGACUUUGCAACAUCUUAGUGGGCUUCCGCUGGACUUGCUAGAGAAACUCCGUUUGUUGUAAUCAAGCAAGAAUAGCCUGUUGCAGAAACAGUGCCAUCUCUGUCCCCUCCUUAAGCCUCUUGACUUGUUUCAGAACUAAUUUCAUUAUUUUUUUCCACAUCCAGAUGGAGCCAACUGCACAAAAAAUACAUUAGGAGGUUACUUUGAAUGAAUUUCUCCACUAUGCUAAUUGUUGUGCCAGUUGCUCUAAAUGAGAGAGUAAGAAUUGGUACUAUAACCUUGUUUAUCUCUGAGUAAAAGGAUAUUUGUUAUCACUGUAACUAGAUUCAUGUCGUAUUGUGGAUUUGGCAGUUGCUGACUUUAAUGAAUGCAUUACUGUAAUCAUUGGUUGCUAACAGCCAUAAAAAUUGCAGACGAGGAUCCUGAAGUUCUGAUAGAUUGCCUUCUUGAGGACACAAAACAGAGGGAAAUACAUCACAGUAGAAUUCUGUUGGGUUACAAAAGACUGCCAUUGUCUCACAGUAUUUGUAUUCAUCCUGUCUCAUGAGGAUU